UCUAUAGCCAAUGCAGUUAGUGUAAUAUUGGCGCUAGAAGUGAUUAAUACGGGCUAGGCUUUAUCGGUCUCCCUUUGUUUCUCAAAGUCGAUAGUAAAUUCUUGUUAAAAUGUCGAAAAAACGAGUGUUUGACGGUGAGAAAUCGGUCCUAGACAUCCGAAAAGCUGAAGAGCGAGAGAUCAGCGAUCAAAUCCAUCGCAAUUUUGAGAUGCUCCAUAUAAUGUAUCCUCGUGGGUUCAGUUUUCAAAAAUGCUUCACUCAUGAUUUGUUUUUGAAACCAAAUGCGAAGGCUUUUCCGUAUGCAAUGCAUUAUCUAUUCAACAUCCUGGAUGCAGCCGAAUUCAAAAAAAAGUUCCAUUGGCCCGUGGAUCGUACAUCAGAAAGCGCAUUUCGGACAGCGACAGUGCAAUAUUUGAACCAUUUGAAUGAGAAGCAUAAUCUUGGUUGGGGAGAAAUAAAACUGUUCCUAGUUGUAAUGCCAGGAGGGAUGAAAUUCAUGAAAUUUUUAUUGGAAUUGAUGAAUUUCGUCGUGGAGGAGGAGAUACGGAAAACACAAAAGUGUUUACCGGAGUAUUUGCCUCAGCUUGAAUUAUCCUUAACAUCAGAAAAUGUGAGCACAAUUGUACGCACUCAUGAGGUUUUCAUGGAAAAGGCAUUGGUGUUGAAAGAGAAUCUAUCCAGAGAAAUUACAAAUCUAAGGAAGAGUUCUGAAGCCUUAGGUGAUGAACUGAAUAAAAUUUGUAAAGACAUCGGCCUUUCGCGUGAUCAAUUGGAUGAUACCUUCUGGGAAAAGUUCGCAGAUAGCAAUAAGGAAUUGUUUAAAGCAACGGUUGUGAGCCAAGUGAACGAAAUUGAGGAAACCGAAAAAUCAUUGGACAAGCUAUCCUCAGAAAUCGAUACAUUUUCCAAUGCUGAUCAUUGCCUCCCCUACGAUAAGAAUUUAUUAAUAUCGUCGUAUAAAACCAUUCAGGCGGACUAUCCAGACCUUUGCCCAAAGGAGGAUAUCGUAACAACUGAUAAUAAAAUCCAGUUGGACUCAUUGUUCAACGCUUUCAAUUCUGUAUUUCCAAUCCUGAAAAACUUGUUUGAAAAAUCCGAUCUCGUUAACCAAACGGAGAAACAUGAGUUUGAACUAAGCCAAGUUUCUCAGAUGGAAACGGAUGCUGUGCAACUUGAUGGCGAUAUUUCCCAAUGUGAAAUGGUUGUGGAAAACCUUCAGAGUGAAUUAGAGAAAGAUUUGGCCAAAUCGUUUUAUUCCGAGCAACUGAUUACUGACUCCCCAAACCGCGAAGAGAAUUGCAUUAGAUCAAAGUACAUAAGUACACCAGUAAUUCAGGUUGAAAAUGAUGAUAAAACUCCUAGAUUACCUCUUCGAGGGGACAAUGAGGAAGUGCAAUUUUAUCUAACAAAUUCAGCAUCUUUAGAUACAACGUCUGCUGGAAACGCUUCGCAAAUUAUCGAUCCCAUAACAUUAUUACGAACGGUUACACGAUCAAAUAGUCGUAACAGGCAACAUCGUUUGAAUAUGUCAUGCGUUUCCACAAGGGACGAGGCAGGAACCUCGUGUAUUAAGGGAAGAAAGAGUUUACCUCUGACCACUAACGAAAACGAAGAUUUACUGAAAACUCCAAUUAGUAGCAAACAAAAAGAAUUGUCCGCAAAAAAAGCGCUCGAUCGACGCAACGCUAUUAAAGAGACAUUCUUCGCAAAUCACUAUGUCCCCUUCGAUCCAGACGAUACUAUCCUCCAAGCAGAGCAAGAAACAAUUCUCAACAAUGAUUUAAUGAAAUCCCCGUCAGGCCGAUUAGAUCCUUUAGUUAAAAUCAGUCCUGAAUUCGUCGUGCCAAGGGUUUGUAUCAAUGAUAUGCCAACAGGCAGUUUCGGUGAUGAUGAUACGGUGAAGGAUUGGGAAUCCAAUGGCGUUUCAUACGAUGCCAGCUUCUAG